AUGCCUGUUACCAUAAGAAGGGCAACCAUUAAUGACAUCAUUUGCAUGCAAAAUGCCAAUCUGCACAACUUACCAGAAAAUUAUAUGAUUAAAUACUACAUGUACCACGUCCUGUCGUGGCCGGAGGCAUCCUUUGUCGCUACGUCCACAUCCAAUGUGUUUGAUGAUGAAGAUACUACCGGACAAGGGGGUGCUGGAAACGAGGAGGAUUGCUUGAUGUUCAACGAUCCAAUCAGUGGGAAUUCAAUCAAGCUGGACCCAACAUACGUCAAUCCAGGCGAAAAGUUGGUAGGGUACGUUCUUGUGAAAAUGAAUGACGACCCAGAUCAGCAAAACGAAGAACCUAAUGGCCAUGUCACUUCUCUAAGUGUAAUGAGAACGUAUAGAAGAAUGGGUAUAGCUGAAAAGUUGAUGAGACAGGCACUAUUUGCGCUAAGGGAAGUACACGACGCUAAAUACGUCUCGUUGCACGUUAGACAGUCCAAUAGAGCCGCUCUGCAUUUGUACAGAGAUACGCUAGAGUUUGAGGUCUUGAGCAUCGAGAAAAGCUACUAUCAGGACGGCGAAGAUGCGUAUGCCAUGAAGAAAGUAUUGAAGCUUGACGAGCUACAGAUUAGCAAUUUCACGCAUCGGGGUUCCAGCGAGGAAAAGGUUGAGGAUGAUUUAACUAGCGACCUUCUGGAAGAUAUCGUCAAAAAUGGUAUUGACAACAUUGCUGUCUAG